UUUUCUCUGUUACAGGGGGAAAAAGUGAUCUUGGUCUUAAGAGUCGCUUGGGUUGGCGAGUGCUUGGGCAAGCGUACCACCCGUGGUGCGCGGGGAGUGGCGUCACUCAACAAACUUCAGUUCAUUCAACGAUCAGUCGGAUUAUUUAAAAAUCAAUAUAAGGAUUAUUGAAACUCAAGGGUGUGGAUUAUUGAAACUCAAGGUGAGUUUUUUUCGGCCGCCGCAUGAGUACGUCCUCACCCGGUGAUGGCCUCGCAGCCCACGGCGGCAUGGGUGCUGCUGCUCAGCCUGUUGGCCGCCUGCCUGCCCGCCGUGCAGCCCAGGGACUUCACUGUGAAGGACAUCGUCUACCUCCACCCUUCCACCACACCGUAUCCUCAUGGAUUUAAGUGUUUCACCUGUGAAAAGGCAGCAGAUAAUUACGAAUGCAACCGAUGGGCUCCGGAUAUCUAUUGUCCAAGAGAUACAAGAUACUGCUUUAGCCAACACAUGAUGAAAGUUACUGGAGAGAGUGUAUCUGUCACCAAACGCUGUGUACCAUUAGAGGACUGUCUGUCUACAGGAUGCACAUAUGUAAAGCAUGAAGAAUACAAGAUCUGCACCUCCUGCUGCGAAGGAAGCAUCUGCAACUUGCCCCUCCCAAGGAACGCCACAGACGCCGUAUUUACCACCCUCUCCCCCCCCAACAGAACACAGAGACUCUCCCACCCCCUCCUGCUGACAACGGCGUGUCUCUGGCUGGGGCUGAUGUCCCAGCACUGGGUCACCCUGCCACGCGCGGCAGGUCUGCACAGCUGAGCUGGGCGAGGACUCUGUGUCCGCAUGCUGCCCCUCCCCGUGGAGCUGGCGCUUCGGAGCCGGCUUUGAAAAAGACUGGGUUUCCUCCUGAUGGUUUGUUAAUGAUGAAAUAGUGAGCCUGGGAUCUGGGUGUAUUUGAAGGGUGUUAAGAAAAAAAGAAAAGAAAACAACCAAACAAACCAACUACCCCCCAACCCCCCACCCCAGUUUCUCUACUGUUUUCUGGAGAAACUCAUGCAAAAUAUUCCCAGAAUCCAUGGCUGAGAUCGAUGCAUACACUUUUCUUAAUGUCUUUUCUCCAUGGAGAAAUGUUAUUUAAAAGUACUCUAUCACUGCUAGCUGCUAGUAUCAUCACUUACUUGUUCAAAACUUUCUUGUGAUAACUUGUCAGAGCACUAACUCCGGUGUCCUGUUAACCUCUUUUGAGAACAUACAGUAAAUAAUACAUAGUCGGUGUGUUUUUGCAGUCUCCCCACAUCUCCUGCUCAUUUCGGAGAGGGCAGGAGCAUGCAGUGGAGCAGCAGCAGCUGGAAGGGAUGAGGUCAAGCGAGCAGCAGCAGCUUGGAUCAGGCUGACAUUGCGCACAGAUGCUUCCUCCAAGGUUGUCCACCAGCAGCACGAAGAGCCACCCCCGUGACAACACGCGCUGGGAUGUGCAGAACAUCACUGCGGUUCAUAAAGUGAACCAGAGACACUCCGAGCCCUCUGCUCCUGCCGUGUGCUUAGAGGGGAGGCGGGUGGGCUGUCCCUGACCCGCCGGUGCAGGAGGACACGCUGCCGAGGGCUGGCGGGUACCUGGGUGCAGUGCUGCUGCCGGCCGAGCCAGCGGGUUCCCUGCGCUUUGAGGGCUUUAUGUAUUUCCACGUUUUGGCAUCCAGUUCUAUAGCACAAGAGAGUUGAUCCUGAAUAGCUUCUGUUAUUUACUGCACUCCCGCUAUGGAGUAGGGACUGUUACUAGCUAGAGCUGUGUUUUGGUGACCUGUGUUGCUUGUUUUGCUCAGAAAUUGAGUAUGCAAUAUUUAUUUUUGUAUGUUGAGUAGGAUCUAAAGCAUUUAAAGAGUUCUUAAUACUGAUAUUGCCAGGCAAUAUGGUUGUUUUGCAAGUGGGUAAGCCUGUAAUAUAUAAAUUAUCAUAUAUAUAUAUAUAUAUAUAUAUAUAUAUAUUGUUUUGCAUCUCUUUUAAAAAAAGAAUCAACUUUGUUUUGCAAGGUCAGUAAUAAAAGCAGGGUGUUACAGACUUGCUUUAUAGUUAAACCAAACCUUUUUAUGAUUUUUUUUUAACAGCUAUAAUCAUAACUUGUUCCGUUAUGAGCUGAUUUUUGGCUUCUUGUGCUCCAAGGUAACCUGUGUGUUAUGAAGUUACAGUUUGCUUAUGCUCUGAAGUGCUGUUCUGGGGGAGCCACUGCUGGAAUCCAAAUGCUUUCUACAGGGCUCAUCCAGCAGCAUCCAUGUCGGGUACCGUUACCAGUGAGAAACCCGCAGCGCUGAGCGUGCGAGGUGCUGUCCUGAGUUUUGUGGCCUUGGAGUGAGCUCCACUUGUACUCUGGUGAGUUUUACUGGGGGCAAAAGAAGAGGACUGAGAGCAGCACUUGCUCCCAGUUUAGUUUCAGGAGAUUUCUCUGGGGAAGCAAAGCAGGCUGGAAGCCUUGGUGUGUUUUGCUGGGUGAUGUUUUUUUAAAAUGUAUAUAUAUGUGUAUGUAUAUAUAUAUAUAUAUAUCUCAGCAAAAACUGAACUUCAAAGACUGUUUCUUUCCUAUUUUUAACCUUUUACAUUAAAUAACAUUUUUGAGGAAAGGCUAGCUGACCUCACACACAAACCUUGCAUUUUGCUGUCCUUUUAGUUCUUCUGUGACUCGCUCACAGAUUGCUAGUAUUAAGAGGGUGGUUGCAAUCUCUUAUUCUAUGCAAGUUAGACCCAUCUCUGGAGCCCCCCAAAAAAUCAACCCUGCAGUCUUUAUAAAGCCUGUGCCCUCCUCUGCAAGCUGUGCAAGGUACUUACGGGUUGGGGUUGGAGGGGUUUACAACUUCUCCAGCAGCAAUUUAAAUAUUUAUUACUGUUAUUAUUUUUAUUAUUGUGCUGCAAAAUGGAAGAUUUAAAGUGUGGAAGAACCUUGUUCAGUUGAGAUACCUCUGCUGGGGCAGGGGUGAAACAGGCUUUCUGUGUUGGCUGAGCAUUUUGGCAGCAUUCUUGUGUCAGAGCAGGGCUGGAUCCCAGGGCAUGUGCUUUGAGAAGACGUGUUGGAAAGCCAGCGUGAUGUCAAAGCAUGGGAAAUCCAGGAUUACUGACAAAUGACUUGCUGAGGUAGGCUCGAGGCUCAGGCCACGCUGCUGGUGGCCAGCAGUAGCACCUUGUGGGGAGGUCCCUGCCGGUCACAGGGCUCGUACACUGGUUGUGGCAGCUCAACGGGAUGUUAUAAGGAUUUAGAUUUUUUUACUUAGGGCCUUGCAGUUGAACACAUGCAUUUAGGAGUCACUCCGUAAGACACCUAACCAGCAGCAAGAAGCAGAUGUCACCUCCUGACCUGAGCUGGCUGCCUUGGUCCAUGGCUCACAGUCAGGUUUCUGGCUGUGUUUUCUGGCUUCUCUGUAUUUCCUCUAUUUCCCAUAUAUUUUGCAGUUCCACUGUUAUUUAACAAGCCUAAUCUGUGGUAUGGUAACUGAGCUACUUUAACCACAUGGGAUGAGCUGAAGGAAUGACUGGAUUUCUUUAUAAGAUGUUGGAUUUCUAGGAGCACUGCCAUGAUGUGAAAGGUGAGGUGCCUGCAGCAAGAUGACAUGGGCUCCAGUGCUAGCUGGCUUGUCGUGUGUGCUAACGGGUAGGACUUUCAUACUGUGUUUAGCGGGACCUCAGACCCAGAGACCUUUUUAGGGACCUAGUAGCAUGCUCCGCCCAAAGGCUGGGAUGCCACUGAUCAGAUUUGUUAUUGGCAUCACAGAGGUAUUAAACCAAGCCAGUUAAUUCUACUCCCUUUGUAGUUAGCAGAGGAAAAAGUGGUAUUUCAGGGCCUGAUUCAUUGUAUGCGAAGGUGGAUGGUUAAACUGUCUCAAGCCAUGCCUCAGAAAAGUAGCUUGGAUGUAUACUGCACGCCACCUAGGGUACCCCGCUGCCAGCCACAUGGUUAUGCCAAGACCAGUGUUUGCACAUCCCUGAGCAGGCAUCACUCCUAUGCCCAUCCCCAGCUUUGCCCUGACCGUGAUGGUCCUGCUGCUGGAGAAAGUCCCAGUUAUUGUGCUGGUCCCUCUCCCCCACCGGUGUGCCACAGCUGUGCCCUUCAAAAGGGAUCCGAGUCCUGUCCAGCUGAGCUGCUACCUCUGGCUGUGGUAUGAGGAUUACGGACAGAGCUUAAAAAAGUAAAUUAAGGUGACCGAGACCAAGUGGGGACCCUGCCCAGGAUCCUCUCUGGACCAACAGGUCGGCGUGCCCGGUCUGUCCGCAGAGCUGUCGGGGUUUUUAAAGCACAUAAAUGCUGAGCUGCACCGUAUUUAUUUUUAGGCUCUAUAGAUGUGAUACUGCUUUUAAAUGUCUAAUUUUUUAACUCUUGUAAAUGCUGUAUAUUUGUAUAAAUAAAUGUUUAAAAUAUUCA